AUGAACCAUUGCAUUGUUCCUCUCAAAAAAAUCACUCCAUGGAAACAUGAUUGGAGUAUUCGAGUAAAGAUUAUACGGCUGUGGAAAGAAACAGCUGUAGUUGAGGGAUCAAAACAAGAAUUAUUACAGUUGAUUUUGAUGGAUGAACAUUUGGAGAAAGUUCAGGCAACUGUUAAGCAUCCUGAUGUAGCUAUCUUUUCGGGUGUUCUAAAAGAAAGAAAUAUCUAUGAAUUUUCUAAUUUCAUUGUCGUCCCUAACUUAGGAGCAUUGAGAGUUACUAAACAUAAGUUCCAGAUUAUUUUCAAUGAGGAUACAUCUGUCAUCAAUAGUCCAGAUCCUAUUAUAUCCUCAUCUGGUUUAGAACUCUCCUGCAUUGAUGAAAUACUAGGGAGGAAAGUUGAUUAUGAUUAUUUAGUAGAUUUCAUUGGAAUUCUUUGUGACCUAAGAAGAGGGGAUGAUAUAGAUUUUAAUGGAAAAAGCUUCACUGUUAUGAUCCUUCAGCUAUAUGCUAAUGGCAAAAAAAUCCAGUGUAAUAUUAUUGGAGAGUUUUUCCCGGUGUUGGAUAUAACUCUCUUAACCAAGUUUCAGAGAGCACCUGUAAUUGUUUUGCAAUCUUUUAAGGUCAAAGUGAAAACAGAUAAAGUUAUUUUACAGAAUGUUUUGAAUGUAUCCACGGUUUCUGUCAAUCCCGAUUUAGAAGAGUCCGUUGACUUCCUUAGUCAAUUCAGUAUUGCAAAAUGCCACUUCUCAAGAUUGAUUCAUGCUGACUCAAGAGGUUUAUAUUGGAAGAUUGAUGAUGAAACUUUUGACUGGAGGCUCAUGAGAACCAUUGCUAAUCUAAAAUCUAAUGAGGAGGAUGGGCAAUUCUUUGUAUUGGGAAAAAUUACGAGUGUUGUUGAUGAUCCUGAGUGGUGGUACUUCUGUUGUAUUUGUGGUCAUCCAAUUGUAGGAAAUGACAAUGUUUUCCGUUGUCACUUGUGCAAUCGGGAGUCUGAACACGUUAUUGUCAAGUAUAGGGUUAAAGUUAUAGUGGAAGAUGGUACCUCUACUGCGAUGUUUGUGUUGUUGGAUACUCCAGUGACUAAAUUACUUGGAAAGACUUGUUCUGAGGCAUUCUUGGUCAAAGAAAACAAUCAUGAGGGAAUCCAGUUUUUGUACUGCCCUACUUUGUUCCAACAUCUUGUUGGCAUGAAAACAGUUUUUCAGAUUCAGACCAAGAGAGUUAACAAUAAAGGUUAUUGUGGUACAUUUAAGGUUAUCAAUGUUCUUGGCGAUCCACCUUUUUUUGAAAAAGCUGAGGUAGAAAAGUCUGAUAAUGUAUGUAGACAUCCUAUUUAA